AUCUCACUACUAAAACUACAGCUACAGUAGUAUACAGUAGUUAGAACUCAGUACCUUGUAGAAGAAGUCUGUUCUGUUACCGUGUAGAGUAUGGCGAAAUCAUCUCCCAUGUUUUCUCCUCCACACGAGGCACAGACCCCGGACACUUCUGAUCAUGAUCAUGAUCAUGAUCAUUCGUCGGAUGAUAAGGAUCAACUGACGAAUAGUGAAGUGUUCGAUAAUCAAAUAACAUUUAGUCAAUUGCUAAAGAUUCAUAGGCCUAUAACUGAAGCAGUUAAAUUUAUCAAACAAAAGCAACAAAAGGAAAUGGGUACUUGGAAGUAUAAAUGUCUUCUAUAUGCUUAUCUUUAUCGGAAAGAUUUAACUAAUAAAGAAAUUGGUUUAUUACUGAAAUUCCCAAGUAUUAAUGAUUAUGUAUGUGAUAAUUUUACUCAAGGAUUAAAACUUCUGUAUAGUAAAAAGUUUACUAAAGUGGAAAUUCAAACAUUAUUCUUAAUAAUACUUCAUGAUUCUACUAAAAUUGGUAUGGAGAAAUAUUUACCUACAAAAUCACUACAAGAUAUUGAAGAAUUAGUUUAUACAUUCUUCCCUAAAUUUUUUUGUAAUGAAUCAGAAUUAAAAGCUUAUAAUUUAGCUUUACAAGGAGAAUAUACUUUAGAGCAAUUAUUUGAUUUAUUACCCCUUCGUGAUAAAAAUUUUAUAAAGGGUAAAUUAACAUCAAUUGAUGGUGAUUGGAAAUCAAAAGUUCAUCGAGAACUGACAUCUGAUUUACAACAAGUAAAAUCUAAACCAAUAAAGAAAGAAAUUAAAAGAAUUAAGAAAGAACCAAUGGAAUUAAAGAGAAUUAAAUCAAUUGAUAAAGAACAAUUACAAAGAGAAAAGGAUAUUCAAGUAUUAUUAUUAAAUGAUUUAACUUUAGAAGCUAUACGUUCACAAUUUCCUGAAUUAAAUAUAAAUGAAAUAAUAAAUGAAAUAAAAUCUAGAAAUGAUAUGGAAAUUCAUCCAUUUACAGCCGGAGAAAAAUCCCAAUUAAAGGAAUUACUUGAUAAAAAAAUUAAUAAUGAACAAGAUAUAAUUAAUAAAUUUCCUUGUAGAUCAUUAGAAUAUAUUCAAAAUCAAAUUAAAAAGACUACAUUUGUUAGUUCAAGACAAACUAAAUUUAAAACAUCAAGUGAAAGAUUAUUAUAUGAAGCCAAAUGGGUUAGUUAUUCUCAAGGUGAAAGUAAUUCAAAUUCAUUAAGUGCUAGAAGUAAAAGACGAGAAAAAAGAAAUAUUGAACAAUCAUUAGAACAACUUGAGAAGGAUGUAUUAUCAAUAAUUCCAUCCCAGAAAAAAACUAAAAUAUCUCUUAGUCCUGAAGAAAUAUUAAGACGAGAAAAACUUAAAGAAGCUAAACGAUUAGCUAAUGAGAAAAGAUUAUUGGAGAAGGAAAAAUUAAGAGAAGAACUUCGUAAAAAGAAGGAAGAAUAUGAUCAAAAAGUAGCACAAGGUUUAAUAGUUCCUCGUAUUAAACGAGAAUUUACUACUGAACUUCAACAAUUAAUGGCCGGUUCUGAACAUUUCCAAUCAGUUAUUGGUGAUAAAAGAAAAAUUGAAUAUGGACAAAAGAGAAAUAGAAUUGCCGCUGUAAGAUUUACAAAUUCUCGUGAACCAGAAAAAUCUUUACGAAGAGGAGUAUCAAGACAGAUCCAAAAGAAGUUAAUUAAGAAAGAAUUGCGAACAAAGAAUAACAACACAAAAAAACAAACUCAACCUCAAAUUCAAAUAAAAAUUGAAUCAAAGUCACGAGACAAAUCUAAGAAGAGAAGAUCAACAACAACGGCUAAUGCAAAAUCUCAGAGAAAAAGGAGAACCAUUAAGAUGGAAAUUAUUGAGGGAGAACCUGAAGAUGAAGUAGAUGAAAUAUUUGAAGAACCUGAACCUGAAGAAGAUGAAGAAGUUGAAAUUAGUCCUUAUGAUCCAAUUGAUAUAAAUUCUGAUUCAAUGAUUCCAUUAAAUAAUCGAUAUUUAUUUGUUUCUUCACUUUAUCAAGAUAUACCUUCAUUACCAAAAAUUAAUUUUGUUGAAGUUGGUAAUGAACAAAGUGAAAUGUCACCAGUUAAACAAUGUAUGACAACAGUUGAUGAUAAAAUUUUAUUUGAUGAUAGUUUAGCAGCUGAAUUAAUUAAAGAUCAUAGAAGAAGUUAUAAAGAUCUACCAAUCUCAUUUCCUUCAUUACUUGAUCCUUCAGGUGGAGGUUUACAAGUUAAUCAAUCUAAUAAAGUUAGAAUAAGAUUUUUACUUUAUCCUCAACAUACUGAACAAUUUUUAUUGGCUACUCCAAAGAGUAAUGAAUUAGAUCCUGUCUAUGAAAUUUUAAAAUUAUUUAUGAUUCAUUAUGCAUUAUACUUUUCUCAUUCUUCUCAACUUAAAAAAAUUAUUACUGAAGAUUAUUGUCAUGGAUUAGAAGAAUCUAUUGAAAAUAAUGAUUUUUCUGAAUUUAUGUUUAUUAUUGAUAAAUGGAAUGAAUUAAUGUUAAGAUUAUCUCCUAAUAUUAUGGCAGUUGAAAAUGUAAAGGAUAAAGAUAUAAAUUGGGAAAUUCGUCAAUAUCUUUCAACAGAAGAAGUUAAACAAGUAACUUGUGAAAAUCUUAAAUUAUCAAUUUUUUAUUCAGAAUUUAUUCUGGAACCAGUUAGUCCUUCUUAUCAAUUAAUUAAAGAAGAAGAACAAGAAGAAGAAGAAAAUAGUAAACCAGAAAAGAAAAAAUUUAUUCCAACUCGAGCUGAUGAAGUAGAAAUUCCUACUAAUGUUUUAGAUAUUAAAUCUGAAUUAAAACCUUGUAAUUAUAAUGAAUCAUUUUAUAAACGAUUACAAGAAAUGUCAGAAAUUUCAAGGUAUGCUGUACAACAAAUUCUUUUAAGAGUUUAUUCAAGAAUAGUAUCAACAGAUUCAAGAAAACUUCGAAGUUAUAAAGCUUUUACAGCCGAAGUUUAUGGAGAAUUAUUACCAUCAUUUACUAGUGAAGUAUUAGAAAAAGUUAAUUUACGUCCUGAACAAAAAUUUUAUGAUUUAGGAUCAGGAGUUGGGAAUACAACUUUUCAAGCAGCUUUAGAAUAUGGUGUAUGUGUAAGUGGAGGAUGUGAAUUAAUGCAACAUGCUUCUAAAUUAACACUCCUUCAGGAAGGACUUAUUCAAAAGCAUCUUGCAGUAUUUGGACUUCAACCUUUAAAUUUAGAUUUUGCUUUACUGCAAAGUUUUGUUGAUAAUGAAAAAGUUAGACAAAGUGUUUUAGAUUGUGAUGUAUUAAUUAUUAAUAAUUAUUUAUUCGAUGGUCAAUUAAAUUCUGAUGUUGGUAAAUUAUUAUUAGGUAUAAGACCUGGUACAAAAAUUAUAAGUCUUCGAAAUUUUAUUAGUCCAAGAUAUAGAGCAACAGGAGAUACAGUAUUUGAUUAUUUUAAAGUUGAAAAACAUGAAAUGAGUGAUUUCUUAUCCGUUAGUUGGACAGCUAAUAAAGUUCCAUAUUAUAUUUCAACUGUUCAAGAUAGAAUUUUACCAGAAUAUUUAGGUAAAGAUGAAACUCCUGAAGAUAGUGAACCAUCAACUCCAUUUUCUCGAGCAGUUAGUGAAGAAAGUACUGCUUCAAGUGAUUUAACUCCUGUUAUGACUAGUCCUGAUAUUAAUUUAUUAAAGAAUUUUGAUAUUGAAACUUCUCAACUUGUAUUAUUAUAG